AUGGAGCCAUGGGAAAGUUGUCGCACGAAGGAUCAAAAAAGAGAGACAGCGGCAAUGGUCUCUCUUUUUUCCGAGACGGAGGAAGAACAGUGGCAAAGAUUAAAGGAGGAGGCGAUGAUCGACUCGGAUGAAGAUGAUGCCAACAUCACAGAUGGUAGGGCCUUGGUGCUACCACAGGACGCAAGGAAACGGAAACCCAAGAAGAGUAAGAAGUCAACAGUCUUUUCCAAAGCUGCUCAUAUACAACAAAAGAAGCUGACCCAGUCUAUAAGUACGUCUGACAUGGAGAAUCUCCUGAAAAAGUAUCGGGGGGCUGUUGCGGAUGAGGAGGAUGAGAUUGGAAUAGACGUCACCAAGUUCCUACAGGAUGAUGCAUUGGAGAGUGGAGAGGAGGAAGAGGGUGUCACCGCUGACGAACUUAUAUCUUCGUUGUUGACGACAAAGAAUACAGGCGCAUCAAAAUCAGUAGAAACGACGCCAAGCGUUCCUUUGGUAAGUCUCAACGAUGAGAUUUUUUCUUACGAAAAGAAAUCGGUUGCACGGCAAGCUGUUGUAAACAAGAAGCAAAAUGGACAUGGGAGUGAAGCCAAUUACGUUGUUAAAGAUCCAUUUUCAGGGGAUCUAAACAUCGUCACUGAACUUCCGACGCAGGCACUAAGUAAAUUGAAGCAGAGCUCCGAUAACGCCAAUAAGGGGUACCCAUCUAGUGGAGUGUUUUAUUGGUUUGAUGCGAAAGAACAGCCCCAUACUUUAUCGGAACCUGGUACUAUAUUUCUUUUUGGUAAGUUUUAUGAGAAAAAAAGAGAAAAAGUCAGUUUUUCUUCUUGUUGUGUUCGUGUCAAAAACGUUUACCGGUGUACAUUUCUACUUCCUCGUGAGGGGUCAUCUGAUACGGAAAUUAUCAAGGAGAUAAACGACGUGUGUCAAAAACAUGGUAUAGGAGAGCGACGGAUAAGGUUUGUGGAAAGAUAUUAUGCCUUUGAAGAACCUGGUAUAAGGCGUGAGAAGAAUCGUUGGGCAAAGCUUCGUUUUCCAGGUAAAUAUCCAGGCUUUCCUAUUAUGGGGGAAUUUAAGCACAUUCGAGCUGUUAUGGGUGCAUCCCGUUCGUUAAUUGAGCUUUUCUUGAUAAAGAAGAAGCUUAUGGGGCCUUCAUAUCUUUCCAUGGAGAACUUUUUUCCUGCAACAGAACGUUUAUCCCAUUGUGAAUUGGAAUUUGUGGUGGAUUCCCCGAAAAACAUCAAGGUUGACGAUACAGCGAGACCCUCGCCACUCUUCACACUUGCAAGUAUACAACUGCAUACUCAGUUGGACAGCAAGGGUGUAACAAAUGAGGUUGUGGCUGCAUCGAUUGCUGUUUAUCGUGAUGUUAACAUUGAUUCGGGCAUGAAGACAGAAGUUUCGGAAUGCUUUACAGGAAUCAGACAAAUUUCAUCGGUUGCGGCUUUACCGUUAAAUUUGGAGGCUUAUUGUCAGUCAAAAGGUUUACCUGGUGUAAAGAAUUUUGGAAAUGAAAGAGCUUUACUCACAUGGAUGGCGUCAACCUUGGGGAAUUUGGACCCUGACAUUGUAGUUGGGCACAAUUUCAUUGGGUACACGAUUGAUAUUCUUUUGAAUCGCUAUCAUGAACUGAAUAUACCUCGGUGGUCGACGAUUGGACGUCUUGAUAUCAAACGUUUUCCACGUUCACAAAAUGGGAAUUCUAAUCUGUCGAAUGAAAAAGAGGCGUGUAUUGGUCGUCUUGUUGUUGACACAUACCUUCUUUCUAGGGAAUACUACAAGAGUACAAACUACAAACUGGAAUCUUUGGCUACUCAGAUGGGAGUUGCAGGUAUUACAGAUGGCCGUGGUUCAUUUGAACCUGGAUUAACUGUUCUUGGGAAUGAUAUUAUGAAAUCUUCCAAAGACCUUUUUCACGUUCUUUUACAACUUCUUAAUUGUGCGGUACUUUCUGUGCGUGUGGUAGCCUUUCUGGACGCGAUUCCACUUACCAAACGGUUAACUACAUUGGCAGGCAAUUUAUGGAGCCGAACUUUGUAUGGGGCGCGUUCUGAAAGAAUUGAGUAUCUUCUUUUGCACGCGUUUCAUGAUCUUAAAUUUGUGACGCCAGAUAAGAAAAGAUUUGAUGGGAAAAGGGGGCGACAGGAUCUGGAGGAUGAAACCAAACGCAAAACGAAGUAUCAGGGUGGUAUGGUAUUGGAGCCCAAAAGUGGACUUUACUCGGAUUAUAUUCUUCUUCUUGACUUUAAUUCGCUUUAUCCCUCUCUUAUUCAGGAGUUUAAUAUCUGCUAUACUACAAUUGAACGGGAUGAGAACACGGUAUCUGCCGAGAUUCCUCCACCUGAGAGGCUAAUUUGCACCUCUUGUGCGGCUGCGGGUUUACCGUCUCCGUGCUCACACAAAUGUGUCUUACCGAAGGUCAUUCGAGGGCUUGUGGAGAGUAGACGAGAAAUUAAACGUUUGAUGAAGACGGAGAAGGAUCCAAACAAUCUUGCUACCUUGGAGAUUCGUCAGAGGUCUCUUAAAUUAACCGCUAACAGUAUGUAUGGCUGUCUUGGUUUUGAACACUCCCGCUUCUAUGCUCAGCCUCUUGCCGAACUUGUCACGCGGCAAGGUCGUAUUGCCUUACAGAAUACAGUUGAGUUGAUUCCACAAAUUUCGCCAUUGUUGCGUGUUAUUUACGGUGACACGGAUUCUGUCAUGAUCCAAACCGGUAUCAAAGACGACAUCAGGAAAGUGCGUGAACUUGGUUUUGAAAUAAAGAAUAAAGUUAAUCAACGAUACCAAAGCCUGGAAUUGGACAUUGAUGGCGUUUUUAGGGCUAUGCUUCUCCUUAAAAAGAAAAAAUAUGCGGCAUUAAGUGUUGUGGAUUGGCAAAAUGAUGGCAAAACGUACAAGAAAGAAGUAAAAGGUUUGGAUAUGGUUCGUAGGGAUUGGUGUCCUCUCUCUCAAAAGGUCUCCGAGGCUGUGCUUAGCAGAGUGUUGAAUGCCGAGGCAGGUGAAGAUAUCCUAGACUACGUGAUGACCCACAUGAAAACUGUUUCCGACCAUGUGCGUGCUGGAAAUUAUUACGGACUUGAGGAUUUUGUCAUUUCCAAGAGCUUAACAAAAGAGCCUGAGUCUUACCGUGGGACUGCGUUUCCCCACGCUGCGGUUGCGCUUCGUAUGAAACAAAGAAAAGAAAAUGUUCGUGUUGGAGACCUUAUCCCUUAUGUUAUUUGCGAGGGCGAACAUCUUAAUGACAAGGCGUAUCACGUGGAUGAGGUACGAAGAACCAAGGGAAUCCGAAUCGAUGUGGAGUGGUAUUUGUCAUCGCAGUUGUACCCUCCUGUGAUGCGGUUGUGUGAACACAUUCAAGGGUUUUCUCCGGAGCAGUUGAGUGAAGCCAUGGGGGUUGCGUGUCAUGUGCGAACUGAACGGGAAAUUCAGGAGACGCUCAUUGUGGACGACUUUUCACAUUGCUCACUAUUCAAGAGCCGCGAUCUCUCCGAGUGCUUCCCCACCGCAGUGCCUCUUCAGGUUCAAUGUACGCGGUGCCAUCAGGUUGUUCCCAUCGAUCCACACAAGUACAUCAAUGACAUGUUUAGUGCUUCCAAGACUUCCUUUCCAAAUGAACCCUUUGAACUGUACAAUUGCGUCAACUGUGGCCAAUCUCUUUCUGUUACAUACCUCGCAAACUGUCUGACUCAGAUGUGUCACAAGAUAAUACAGCAGUUUUACAUAUCAGGCGGUAAUGCCGCGGCGGUACGGGCGGUGCGAGCACAGUUUACAUAUUUUAGAGCUUUGUUUGACGUUCCGCAUGCUCCUGGAUGCUCUCCGGCAAUUAAAGCCGCCCACCGCAAUCUUGCUUUGCGUUGCCUUGGCACGGAUCAAAAAUUGUACACACUCUCUGGAGCUGCCCGUGCUGUGGACGUGGAGCCUGUGGAUCAUUUGUUUUUUUGCGCGGAUAGUUUUUACAGGAGAAUGGAUCAUUUGUUUCUCAACGUUGGAAAUUUAUUUGUCUCAAUAUAA